CGUGACUUCCCCCACUACACAUAAUCCCACCCACAAUCAAUUCCAUCACAACGUGACCAAACCUGAAGGGUAUGUCCCAGCGAAGCAGUCCAAGUACGGUGAAGAGUGUGAUUGUCACGAAGAUAUCCGCCGUCCUGGUCUCAUUGUAUACCAGUGACGAAGUCGUCAAUAAGUCAUUCGAACACUUUCAGAAGAGCACCGCAGAGGAACACUAUACUCAAACCGACAUUGACCCAUCGAAACCUGGACCAAGCCCGAAGCUAGAUUACUCUGAAGCGGAAUUACAUCACAGUCCCAAAUGCGAGGUUCCCCAAGACGAGCAAACCCUCAUAGACCUCGAAGUUCAACCGCCUAUGGAAAUGCCUGAUAGUGAGAGCGGUAGACCGGUCAACAAGCGUGUGGCAAGGUGUAUCUCCGAUGCGGUAGAUUGGGACGAGGAUUUGAGACCCAGCAACGAGCCAGGCGAAGUGACGGCACACCAGAGCACUGAAGCGACUUCGGUUCCAUCGCCCUUACCUGGGGACAGCUGUACCUUCAAUGACGGCCACAAACCUCGUGGAAUCACGAGUGCGUCAAAAGGGAAGCUGAGGCGGAAGAAGCCGUCGACUGGAAGACGUUCUACAACAGCCCAGCGGACUGUGUCGAAGAAGACCAACCCGAAGAAACGCGGAGCUCCUGUGUCUAAUGAGGAAGAACAGGACGAAAAGCUUGGAACUCGACGAAAGAGGCUGAUUGUGACCCUGCGCCAUGUUGCUAGCCCACGGAAUGCCGGCACCCAAGCUUCUCGGGCUCUUUUGGGAGAUGAAGCGUCUGUUAAUGCUGUGUCAAGCCCUGCGGCUGCGGACAAGAACCUCGAAACUCUUUUGUCCGACAAGGAGAACAUGGACUCAAUCCUGUCUAUCAUCCAGAUCCCGAGGAUUGACAGCAGUGACGGGAUAGAGCUUUAUUGCUCUGGCCUCCAAGGUGGGAACAGUGAAGACAUAACAGCUCCUAUGACCCGCAGUCAAUCGCUCGAAUAUCGAGGACAGGAGGUGCAAGUUCACCCUGUUGAAGGGCCGUUCGCAGCAUUAUGUACGGUUGGUACGAUGACAGACAAAUCUCUUCAGAACAAGAGUGAUGAACUCGAGAACUUGACAAGCAAUGACAAGAGUCCUCCCGUAUACCCCGAGUCAGGCAUGGCAUUCAUGGAGGACACAGGCUGGAAAGCUCAAGAAAUAGGUACUAAAAUAACUCAUCACGGAGUUAUGUCUAUCGAGCGUGAGCCAGAGGGGAUUUCCAGCUCAAGAAGCACAUCACCGUCCGUGACAUCGGAAGAGACUCCUUCGAGAGAGCAUCAUACCCAAUCGAGCUCUCAGGAGAGUCUAGGCGACGAGGCUGUCAGCAUUUCCCCCUGUUCCCUCCAAAGGACUCCUAGAAACACGAUAGUCGAUACCAAUGGAAGUCCCCGCCUCCUUUCAGAGAAAUAUAAGGAACAUUACAAGACACAGACACUUGUUCUAGGGGACGUGGCAUCCUUGCCUGAGUCCUACAGAGGCCAUGCGGCCGGGGAAGGGCCAGCUUCCUUUGCUAACCGGCUGAAAUUAUGCGCAGCUAUAGAUAACCGGCCGGAAAUAUCCGGACCUAUCCAGAAUACUGCCGUGCAGAAAAUGCUGCUGGAGACUAGCGAGUCUUUGAACCGCCACAUCGAGAGCGAGAACACUACUAUAAGCGAGGUGUUUGAGUCAUUCCGGAAGAGCUGCCAUGACAUGCUUGACCAGCUCUCAGAAGCUCAGGAGGCACGGAUUAAAUUAUGCCAGCAACAGAUGGAAGGUAUUCGCAAACAUCAUUCCAAGAUCUGCGAGGAACUGGUUCACCGGAUGGAAAGAGAUGAGAAGCGAUUUCAGAAGCUCCUCGGCAUCAAUUAAACUUCUAGAUAUGGUUUCAAGCGAUCUUGCAUAAAUAUGGCAUCUGACGUCAACAAGAA